AUGGAUCCUUCCGGACGCGUCUGCCUGGUGACUGGAGCGGCUGGAGGCCUGGGGCGGGCCUUCUGCAGAGCAUUGAUCGCAGCGGGAGCCAAGGUGGUCGCAUCGGACAUUGAUGAGAAGAAUGGGGAGAAGUUUGCUGCCGAACUGAGGAAGGAAUUUGGUGAGGGAACCGCCAUCUUUGUCAAGGCUGACGUUACUAGCUCCGACUCGCUGGAAGAGGCCUUCAAAGCCGCCAAGUCGACGUUCGGCCGGCUGGACAUCUUGGUGAACAACGCGGGCAUCCUGCAGGAGGACGGCUGGCAGAAGGCCGUCGACAUCAACGUGAAAGGCACGGUGCACGGCGUACUGCUGGCUCUGAAGCACAUGGGGAAGGCAGCAGGCGGAGAUCCCGGGCUGGUGGUCAACCUGUCGUCCAUCGCGGGGCUGCACCCCACCCCUCACGUGCCCAUCUACUGCGCCACCAAGCACGCUGUGGCCGGGCUAUCUCGCUCCUACGGGGCCGUGAUGCACUUGGAGAACACAGGAGUGUCUGUGGUGGCGCUGUGCCCUGGUGCUGCCGACACGCCGCUCACACACAACUCGGCCUUCAACUACCAGCAUCCCUACCUCAAACCGUACAUCGACCAAAUUCUCAAGAGCAUCCCCAUCUGCAAGCCCGAGUUCAUGGCUGAGGCGCUGCUGAGGGUGAUCCGGGAGGCGAAGUCCGGCUCUGUGUGGCUGGCGGACGACGGUCUCAUCGAGGAGGUGGUCUACCCUCCAAACCUGCAGUGA